AUGUCACACCGCGACGAUGACUCUCAAGCGAACGCCACCCAGAGAUCUGACGGCGGUGAGGAGUACGACAGGGACAUCGAAGAGGCCCUCGGCAACUAUGAAGACGCCCCGGAUGAGGAGGAAGAUGAGGGUGAAGAUCUUUUCGGAGACAACAUGGAACGAUUUUAUCGCGAACAGCCCGAGCUCGAUCGCCUCUCCGAAUCCGGCCUCGACGACGACUCUGAUGUCGACGAAUACGAUCCGGAGGCCAGACGGCGCGCCGAAGCCGAGAUGAAUCGCCGCGACCAAAUCGACGACCCGGAUCGGCUGCUCUUCGGGCCGAUGGAGACUGACGGACGCAAGGAUCGGCGUAGACGUCGAAGGCGCGGACUUGACGAAGAUGAGGAGAUGCCGGCGGACGAGGACGAAAACAUCCCGAUCGACAUCAUCGAGAACAUGCGCGGACGGUCGAUGAAGGAUCACGUCAAUGACGAGGCCGUAGGGCGGGAGAUUGAGCGCCGUUUCAAGAAGUUCAUCCGCACGUUCCGCGAGGAGGGCAGCAGCCGGAUCAAGUACAUGGACGCCGUCCAGAAGAUUUGCUCUGAAAACAAGGAUUCGAUCACGGUCAACUACGACGAUCUGUCGGUGGAUUGCGGAGAGCAGAAUAUCGCCUACUUCUUGCCCGAAGCCCCGCUUCAAGUGCUCGCGCGCCUGAACAAGGCCAUUUCCGAUAUUGUCUUCGAAGUCUUCCCGUUCUACAGAAAUAUCUGUCCCGAAAUCAAGGUCCGUGUCAGCGAUCUGCCCGUCCAAGAGAACAUCCGGAUGCUCCGUCAGCUUCAUCUCAACAUGCUCGUCCGCACCUCUGGCGUCGUCACCCAGACCACAGGAAUCCUGCCGCAGCUGUCGUUGGUGAAGUAUGACUGCGUCGUCUGCAAGUAUCUGCUCGGCCCCUUCUACCAGCAGCAGAACGAGGAGGUCAAGCCGACGAUCUGCCCGUCGUGCCAGAGCAAGGGCCCCUUCGAGCUGAACGUGGAGAAUACGAUCUACCAAAACCUCCAACGUAUCGUCAUCCAAGAGAGCCCGAACAAGGUCGCCGCCGGCCGCCUGCCACGCAGCAAGGACGUCAUCCUCCUCGGCGACCUUUGCGACAGUUGCAAGCCCGGAGACGAGAUUGACGUGACCGGCAUCUACACAAACAACUACGACGGCGCGCUCAACUUCAAGCAGGGCUUCCCCGUGUUCACCACCUUCAUCCAGGCCAACCACAUCUACAACCGGGACAAGGUCGAGGAGAACCCGCUCAGCGAGGACGAGCUGAAGAUGAUUCGGGAGCGGUCGAACGAUCCGCAGAUUGCCGGCCACCAGUUCGCCUCCAUCGCCCCGUCAAUUCACGGCCACCAGGACGUCAAGAAGGCCAUCGCGCUCGCGCUGUUCCGCGGCGAGUCGAAGAACCCGGGCGAGAAGCAUCGGAUCAGGGGCGACAUGAACGUGCUACGCUGCAGUGACCCCGGAUGCGCCAAGUCGCAAUGCCUACGCUAUGCCGGCCACAUUGCCCCCCGCGCCGUGCUCACCACUGGCCAGGGCACUUCGGCUGUCGGUCGCACCGCCUACGUGCAGCGCCAUCCAGUCACCCACGAAUGGACCCUGGAAGCUGGUGCGAUGGUGCUCGCCGACAAGGGCGUCUGCCUGAUCGACGAGUUCGACAAGAUGAACGACCAGGUCCGUACUUCCAUCCACGGGGCCAUGGAGCAACAGUCGAUCUCCGUGUCGAAAGUCGGCAUUGUGACGUCGCUGCAGGUCGUCGAUGACCGUCCCCGCGUGAUGCGGAUUCGGCGCAUCUGGCCGCUCGUUACCCUGUGUUGCUUCAUUCUUCUGGUCCCUGGAGCUCAAGCAGAGCCUGGCGACGCGACCGCCGCUUGGGCCAAUUUCUGCUUGAACAUGUGCUGGCUCGUUGCCGGUGGGUUGAUGGGAGUUGCGGCGGCGCACCAUUUCCCUUCUGCCGAGCGACUGAUCGUCCACUCUGGAAUAGUGGCAUUUUUUGCUGGUUUUUUCUACUUUUGGGUGCUCCUCUAUCGGGCGUUUUGUGAUGGAUUUACGGGGAUGUCUAUAGAGUUUCCGUGGGCAGCAGUGGCGUGUCUCGCUUCGGCCGGUAUCCUCUAUUAUCUCAUGCUCGAAAAAUGGCGCAACGAGGACUACGUGAAAAGAAGAAUGCGCUCGUACAAAGAUCAAGUCCGCGCUGAAUUGGCUGAGGAGCGGUUCAUCGGAAAGCGAUGCUACUACUGCUGGACGAGGAUUAUAUGGCUCCAAGAAAAGCUGAAAUGUCGUCAAUGCCCCCGUCAAGCUCAUCCCCGAUGCAUCCCCGGCCGCCACGUAGUAGAUCGGGUUCGCCAGCAGUGGAGGGCAUCGUUCGACGCGCCGCUGGGCUGGGACGAGCUGUGCGCCGACUUCUACAUGGCAUUCCAAGCCCUGCGCGCCUACGACGAUGGGCUGCUGAUCAGCGCGUGCGCCAAGGUCCCCGUAAACGUGUACAGCAAACAAUGCCUCAAGUGGAUCAACACCGAGACGGGCGCCGUCGUCAAGAAGGUCCCCUGCGAGGGCAAGAACGACUCGGAGAUAUUUUUCCCCCGAAAAAUUCAAAGGCACAACGACGACAUCAUCGUGGUGGACAAGACGGGGCGUUUCUUGAAGUUUGACAAGAGCGGCGAGUACAAGGGAUUGGCCGCCCAAAUUGAUGCCUAUCUCGCGAAUGGCUUCUGCAUCAAGGACGACGGGGCGGCGAUUGUUUGCAGCGGCAUCGUGCAGGAUGAUGCGAAACGCUCGGUGUGCGACGACUGGGUGGAGGUGAUCCCGCUCGACGGCAGCUCGUGGAAGGAUAGAAGAAGGGAA